AUGUCUUCAUUUACCGUGAGGCGUGUCCAUGACUAUCAAGUUGCUUGCAUUUGCACUCUGCAAAUCGAGCUAGACGCCAUCACUGCAAUGCUUGACGAAAAGCACGAAGGGCGUCCACAGCUUUCCGACCGAAGCCAGAACGCCUACAUCUUCGGCAGGAUCGGAGAACACAAUAUUGUGGUUACGCUCACGACCCGCUGCGGCAAUACCCUUGCGGCAGCGGUAGCCACGCAAUUGGUCAAUGACUUUCCACGAAUCAAGUUUUGCUUUCUUGUGGGCAUCGGGGGUGGUAUACCUAGCGAGGAAAAGGACAUCCGACUUGGUGAUGUGGUAGUGAGCAACCCGGAGGGUGGAUUUGGUGGUGUCGUUGAAUAUGAUCUGGGCAAAAUGCAUCCCGACGGAAGAUUCGAAAGGACCGGCGUGCUGAACAAGCCACCGAGAAUCCUUACAACAUACUGUCACUUUCUCUGUUCGAAAGGAGAGCACUGGCUUCGGAACCAGAUGUCCAAUCAUUUGAAGGAUAUGAUUAAAAGUCGCCCGGAUAUGAGAGAAACAUUUUCGUUUCCGGGAGAGAACCAGGAUCAUCUAUUCAAGGCAACGUACCGCCAUCAAGGUGGUUCUACAUGCUCAGCCUGCCUCACGACAAAGACAGAGAUCCUUCAGCGGAAGCCCCGGUCCGACCCCCUUUCUCACGUUCAUUUUGGCACAAUUGGAUCAGGAAAUUUCGUUGUCAAAGACGGCGUGAUCCGCGACCGACUGCGGGAAGAUCUCAAGGUGGUAUGUGUCGAGAUGGAGGGUGCAGGUAUCCAAGAAUCGUUUCCAGGUCUGGUCAUUCGCGGGAUCUCUGACUAUGCAGACUCCCACAAAAACGACCACUGGCAGCCAUAUGCCGCGGCAAUGGCCACUGCGUACAUGAAAGCGCUGUUGUUAAGCAUUCCUGGGGUCAUAAUAGCCGCAGCCGAGAAGGUCCAGUGGCCUAAUAUUGUCAGCGACCAUGCUCUAUCAAGGGCGGAGCUCAACCAAAUCCUGCAGAGGAGAGCUGAUAACUUCGGCAGUGGACUCAGAUGGAAGGAAUCGAUCAUAGAUCUCCUGAAGCUACUUCACCGGAAUUCCGAUUCAAAAUCCAGAGAUGCGCUUGCGGCAACUUUAGGUGUUAAAGCUGGCUGGUCUGGGUCCGCAGAGAGAAAUAUAGCUCUUCGCGAGGCAGUGAUGGAGGAACUCCAAAAAAACCGCGGCACCUUUUUUCCCAGGCUUGGUGACUGA